AUGUCAGUGUGGUGUGCAAACUUGCAUAAAGGGAAUACAACUAUGUUUCCACUGUUUACGAGCCAGGAAAACUCCAGUCCUACCGUUCUAAAAAUCAUACGAAGUCACUUACAGACUUUACAAAAUAUGUCUAUGAAACAUUAUUUUCCAGACUUAACCGUUGAACACUACGACUGGAUUCGGAACCCUUUUACUACCAUGAUACAAACAGAUCACUGUGAGGUACAACAGGAAGCAGUGGAAUUGAAGAACGACCGAACGCUUCUAGUUAAGUUUAAUGAGGUCACGCUAGACAGCUUUUGGGUGGCUCUUAACAAUGAAUACCCUAGAUUAUCGAAAAAGACUAUUAAAGUGCUCCUUCAGUUUUCUACGUCUUGGUUAUGUGAGCAUGGCUUUAGUGCACUAACAAAUAUAAAAACAAAAAAACGCAACAGACUCACAAAAACAACUAUAGAAGACGAUAUGAGACUCGCUCUUUCCACCAUCAAACUUAGGAUUCCCCAACUUUGUAAAAAACACCAGGGUCAAAUUUCACAUUAA